AAAUACUUCGUAGACUUGAAGAACGGCGUGAUUUCAGGUCCAAAGGGACACAAAGUCUUCUCCUGGCCUGAUGGGAACGGCGUGACUUCAGUGCUAUCUGAAUCGUGUUUCUUUAAUACUUCAAAUGGUGAUGAUCUAUCCAAUACGACAACCGAGCCUAUGUCCAAUAUUUCUCCCAAUGGCAGGUUCCAAAGGAAUAUUACUGUUUGGAAGAAAGGCGAGCUCCUAGGCCGUGGGUCCUUUGGAUCAGUGUACGAAGGGAUUUCUAGUGACGGGUUCUCUUUUGCCAUAAAAGAAGUUUCAUUGCCUGAUCAAGAAAGCCGAGGAAGUGAGAGUAUUUCCCAACUUGAGCAGGAGAUUCGUCUAUUAAGUCAGUUUGAACAUGAAAACAUUGUUCAGUAUUAUGGCACUGAGAAGGAUGAAUCAAAGUUAUAUAUCUUCCUUGAGCUCGCGACACAAGGCUCCCUAGUAAAACUCUAUCGGAAGUGUAAACUUAAAGAUUCUCAAGUCUCUUCCUACACAGGACAGAUUCUGCACGGACUGAACUAUCUUCAUGACAGACAUGUGGUUCACAGGUAAAAUGUCUGCAUAUUAAAUAUGAAAUUCAUAU